GGCAGGACUGCGCUGCGCUUCUAAAUGGCCUAAAUGUCUCAGCCGCUAAAGCUCAUCCCGCAUUUAUUUUUGCGUAGUGAAAGGUUUGAACUGCCGUUAUUGAAUCAGCUCAUAGUUACACGGAGUGACCCGUUGACUCGCCGGCAUCCUCGGCUCCGCCUGGUCACCUGCGUCGACUGUCAGUACAAGGCGUGAUGACAUUUUACUGACAAGCGUCUCUACCUGUGAUUACACAUAUAGGAAUGCGGUGGCACUUUGGACCGGUGUCAGUAUGGGCGGUGGUUCUCCUGGGCCUACUGCUGGCGACAGCAUCCUCCGCCCAGCUGUCGCCUCCAUCACCAGAACCUCCAAGCCCUGGACCACGACAUCCUCAGCCUCCAAGUCCAGAGCCUCCCAGCCCGGAACCGCCCAGCCCACAACCGUCACCACCUCUAUCUCCAGUGCCGCCCAGCCCUGUUCCCAACGCCCCCACCCCGCCAAGCCCGGCGCCACCGUCCCCUGAGCCGCCUGGACCGCCAAGCCCAGAGCCACCCAAUCCAGUUCCUCCCUCACCACCACAGCCCCCAAGUCCGGAGCCACCUAGCCCGGAGCCUCCCAGCCCAGAGCCUCCCAGCCCGGAGCCGCCUGUGCCGCCGAGCCCGGAGCCGCCCAGCCCAGAGCCGCCGAGUCCGGUACCGCCUUCGCCUGCUCCUCCUGUGCCACCCAGCCCAGAGCCGCCUGUUGCACCGCCGCCUGCACCGCCAGCGCCACCUAGCCCGGAGCCGCCUAGUCCUGCGCCGCCUGUGCCGCCCAGCCCGGAGCCGCCGAGCCCGGAGCCGCCGAGCCCAGAGCCUCCCAGCCCGGCGCCGCCUGUGCCGCCGAGCCCGGAGCCGCCCAGCCCGGAGCCGCCUAGUCCUGCGCCGCCUUCGCCUGCUCCUCCUGUGCCGCCUAGCCCGGAGCCGCCUAGCCCAGAGCCUCCCAGCCCGGCGCCGCCUGUGCCGCCGAGCCCGGAGCCGCCUAGUCCUGCGCCGCCUUCGCCUGCUCCUCCUGUGCCGCCGAGCCCGGAGCCGCCGAGCCCAGAGCCUCCCAGCCCGGCGCCGCCUGUGCCGCCGAGCCCGGCUCCUCCCAGCCCGGAGCCGCCUAGUCCUGCGCCGCCUUCGCCUGCUCCUCCUGUGCCGCCUAGCCCGGAGCCGCCUAGCCCAGAGCCUCCCAGCCCAGCGCCGCCUGUGCCGCCGAGCCCGGAGCCGCCCAGCCCGGAGCCGCCUAGUCCUGCGCCGCCUUCGCCUGCUCCUCCUGUGCCGCCUAGCCCGGAGCCGCCGAGCCCAGAGCCUCCCAGCCCGGCACCGCCUGUGCCGCCGAGCCCGGAGCCGCCCAGCCCGGAGCCGCCUAGUCCUGCGCCGCCUUCGCCUACUCCUCCUGUGCCGCCGAGCCCGGAGCCGCCUAGCCCAGAGCCUCCCAGCCCGGCACCACCUGUGCCGCCGAGCCCGGAGCCGCCCAGCCCGGAGCCGCCUAGUCCUGCGCCGCCUUCGCCUGCUCCUCCUGUGCCGCCUAGCCCGGAGCCGCCUAGCCCAGAGCCUCCCAGCCCGGCGCCGCCUGUGCCGCCGAGCCCGGAGCCGCCCAGCCCGGAGCCGCCUAGUCCUGCGCCGCCUUCGCCUGCUCCUCCUGUGCCGCCGAGCCCGGAGCCGCCUAGCCCAGAGCCUCCCAGCCCGGAGCCGCCUGUGCCGCCGAGCCCAGAGCCGCCCAGCCCGGAGCCGCCUAGUCCUGCGCCGCCUUCGCCUGCUCCUCCUGUGCCGCCUAGCCCGGAGCCGCCUAGCCCAGAGCCUCCCAGCCCGGCGCCGCCUGUGCCGCCGAGCCCGGAGCCGCCCAGCCCGGAGCCGCCUAGUCCUGCGCCGCCUUCGCCUGCUCCUCCUGUGCCGCCUAGCCCGGAGCCGCCGAGCCCAGAGCCUCCCAGCCCGGCGCCGCCUGUGCCGCCGAGCCCGGAGCCGCCCAGCCCGGAGCCGCCUAGUCCUGUGCCGCCUUCGCCUGCUCCUCCUGUGCCGCCUAGCCCAGAGCCGCCGAGCCCAGAGCCCCCCAGCCCGGCGCCGCCUGUGCCGCCGAGCCCGGCUCCUCCCAGCCCGGAGCCGCCUAGUCCUGCGCCGCCUUCGCCUGCUCCUCCUGUGCCGCCUAGCCCGGAGCCGCCUAGCCCAGAGCCUCCCAGCCCGGCACCGCCUGUGCCGCCGAGCCCGGAGCCGCCCAGCCCGGAGCCGCCUAGUCCUGCGCCGCCUUCGCCUGCUCCUCCUGUGCCGCCUAGCCCGGAGCCGCCGAGCCCAGAGCCUCCCAGCCCGGCGCCGCCUGUGCCGCCGAGCCCGGAGCCGCCCAGCCCGGAGCCGCCUAGUCCUGCGCCGCCUUCGCCUGCUCCUCCUGUGCCGCCGAGCCCGGAGCCGCCUAGCCCAGAGCCUCCCAGCCCGGCGCCGCCUGUGCCGCCGAGCCCAGAGCCGCCCAGCCCGGAGCCGCCUAGUCCUGUGCCGCCUUCGCCUGCUCCUCCUGUGCCGCCGAGCCCGGAGCCGCCGAGCCCAGAGCCUCCCAGCCCGGCGCCGCCUGUGCCGCCGAGCCCGGCUCCUCCCAGCCCGGAGCCGCCUAGUCCUGCGCCGCCUUCGCCUGCUCCUCCUGUGCCGCCUAGCCCGGAGCCGCCGAGCCCAGAGCCUCCCAGCCCGGAGCCGCCUGUGCCGCCGAGCCCGGAGCCGCCCAGCCCAGAGCCGCCUAGUCCUGCGCCGCCUUCGCCUGCUCCUCCUGUGCCGCCUAGCCCGGAGCCGCCGAGCCCAGAGCCUCCCAGCCCGGCGCCGCCUGUACCUCCGAGCCCGGAGCCGCCCAGCCCGGAGCCGCCUAGUCCUGCGCCGCCUUCGCCUGCUCCUCCUGUGCCGCCUAGCCCGGAGCCGCCGAGCCCAGAGCCUCCCAGCCCGGCGCCGCCUGUGCCGCCGAGCCCGGAGCCGCCCAGCCCGGAGCCGCCUAGUCCUGCGCCGCCUUCGCCUGCUCCUCCUGUGCCGCCUAGCCCGGAGCCGCCUAGCCCAGAGCCUCCCAGCCCGGCACCGCCUGUGCCGCCGAGCCCGGAGCCGCCCAGCCCGGAGCCGCCUAGUCCUGCGCCGCCUUCGCCUGCUCCUCCUGUGCCGCCUAGCCCGGAGCCGCCGAGCCCAGAGCCUCCCAGCCCGGCGCCGCCUGUGCCGCCGAGCCCGGAGCCGCCCAGCCCGGAGCCGCCUAGUCCUGCGCCGCCUUCGCCUGCUCCUCCUGUGCCGCCUAGCCCGGAGCCGCCGAGCCCAGAGCCUCCCAGCCCGGCGCCGCCUGUGCCGCCGAGCCCGGAGCCGCCCAGCCCGGAGCCGCCUAGUCCUGCGCCGCCUUCGCCUGCUCCUCCUGUGCCGCCUAGCCCGGAGCCGCCGAGCCCAGAGCCUCCCAGCCCGGCGCCGCCUGUGCCGCCGAGCCCGGAGCCGCCCAGCCCGGAGCCGCCUAGUCCUGCGCCGCCUUCGCCUGCUCCUCCUGUGCCGCCUAGCCCGGAGCCGCCGAGCCCAGAGCCUCCCAGCCCGGCACCACCUGUGCCGCCUAGCCCGGAGCCGCCCAGCCCGGAGCCGCCUAGUCCUGCGCCGCCUUCGCCUGCUCCUCCUGUGCCGCCUAGCCCGGAGCCGCCUAGCCCAGAGCCUCCCAGCCCGGCGCCGCCUGUGCCGCCGAGCCCGGAGCCGCCCAGCCCGGAGCCGCCUAGUCCUGCGCCGCCUUCGCCUGCUCCUCCUGUGCCGCCUAGCCCGGAGCCGCCGAGCCCAGAGCCUCCCAGCCCGGAACCACCGUCGCCAUCGCCACCGGCUCCUCCCAGCCCGGAGCCGCCUAGUCCUGCGCCGCCUUCGCCUGCUCCUCCUGUGCCGCCUAGCCCGGAGCCGCCGAGCCCAGAGCCUCCCAGCCCGGUGCCGCCUGUGCCGCCGAGCCCGGAGCCGCCCAGCCCAGAGCCGCCUAGUCCUGCGCCGCCUUCGCCUGCUCCUCCUGUGCCGCCUAGCCCGGAGCCGCCGAGCCCAGAGCCUCCCAGCCCGGCGCCGCCUGUACCUCCGAGCCCGGAGCCGCCCAGCCCGGAGCCGCCUAGUCCUGCGCCGCCUUCGCCUGCUCCUCCUGUGCCACCUAGCCCGGAGCCGCCGAGCCCAGAGCCUCCCAGCCCGGCGCCGCCUGUGCCGCCGAGCCCGGAGCCGCCCAGCCCGGAGCCGCCUAGUCCUGCGCCGCCUUCGCCUGCUCCUCCUGUGCCGCCUAGCCCGGAGCCGCCGAGCCCAGAGCCGCCUAGUCCUGCGCCGCCUUCGCCUGCUCCUCCUGUGCCGCCUAGCCCGGAGCCGCCGAGCCCAGAGCCGCCUUCGCCUGCUCCUCCUGUGCCGCCUAGCCCGGAGCCGCCGAGCCCAGAGCCUCCCAGCCCGGUGCCGCCUGUGCCGCCGAGCCCGGAGCCGCCCAGCCCGGAGCCGCCUAGUCCUGCGCCGCCUUCGCCUGCUCCUCCUGUGCCGCCUAGCCCGGAGCCGCCGAGCCCAGAGCCUCCCAGCCCGGCGCCGCCUGUACCUCCGAGCCCGGAGCCGCCCAGCCCGGAGCCGCCUAGUCCUGCGCCGCCUUCGCCUGCUCCUCCUGUGCCGCCUAGCCCGGAGCCGCCGAGCCCAGAGCCUCCCAGCCCGGCGCCGCCUGUGCCGCCGAGCCCGGAGCCGCCCAGCCCGGAGCCGCCUAGUCCUGCGCCGCCUUCGCCUGCUCCUCCUGUGCCGCCUAGCCCGGAGCCGCCGAGCCCAGAGCCUCCCAGCCCGGCGCCGCCUGUACCGCCGAGCCCGGAGCCGCCCAGCCCGGAGCCGCCUAGUCCUGCGCCGCCUUCGCCUGCUCCUCCUGUGCCGCCUAGCCCGGAGCCGCCGAGCCCAGAGCCUCCCAGCCCGGAACCACCGUCGCCAUCGCCACCGGCUCCUCCCAGCCCGGAGCCGCCUAGUCCUGCGCCGCCUUCGCCUGCUCCUCCUGUGCCGCCUAGCCCGGAGCCGCCGAGCCCAGAGCCUCCCAGCCCGGUGCCGCCUGUGCCGCCGAGCCCGGAGCCGCCCAGCCCAGAGCCGCCUAGUCCUGCGCCGCCUUCGCCUGCUCCUCCUGUGCCGCCUAGCCCGGAGCCGCCGAGCCCAGAGCCUCCCAGCCCGGCGCCGCCUGUACCUCCGAGCCCGGAGCCGCCCAGCCCGGAGCCGCCUAGUCCUGCGCCGCCUUCGCCUGCUCCUCCUGUGCCGCCUAGCCCGGAGCCGCCGAGCCCAGAGCCUCCCAGCCCGGCGCCGCCUGUGCCGCCGAGCCCGGAGCCGCCCAGCCCGGAGCCGCCUAGUCCUGCGCCGCCUUCGCCUGCUCCUCCUGUGCCGCCUAGCCCGGAGCCGCCGAGCCCAGAGCCUCCCAGCCCGGCACCGCCUGUGCCGCCGAGCCCGGAGCCGCCCAGCCCGGAGCCGCCUAGUCCUGCGCCGCCUUCGCCUGCUCCUCCUGUGCCGCCUAGCCCGGAGCCGCCGAGCCCAGAGCCUCCCAGCCCGGCGCCGCCUGUACCUCCGAGCCCGGAGCCGCCCAGCCCGGAGCCGCCUAGUCCUGCGCCGCCUUCGCCUGCUCCUCCUGUGCCGCCUAGCCCGGAGCCGCCGAGCCCAGAGCCUCCCAGCCCGGCACCGCCUGUGCCGCCGAGCCCGGAGCCGCCCAGCCCGGAGCCGCCUAGUCCUGCGCCGCCUUCGCCUGCUCCUCCUGUGCCGCCUAGCCCGGAGCCGCCGAGCCCAGAGCCUCCCAGCCCGGCACCACCUGUGCCGCCUAGCCCGGAGCCGCCCAGCCCGGAGCCGCCUAGUCCUGCGCCGCCUUCGCCUGCUCCUCCUGUGCCGCCUAGCCCGGAGCCGCCGAGCCCAGAGCCUCCCAGCCCGGCGCCGCCUGUGCCGCCGAGCCCGGAGCCGCCCAGCCCGGAGCCGCCUAGUCCUGCGCCGCCUUCGCCUGCUCCUCCUGUGCCGCCUAGCCCGGAGCCGCCGAGCCCACAGCCUCCCAGCCCGGCGCCGCCUGUGCCGCCGAGCCCGGAGCCGCCCAGCCCAGAGCCGCCUAGUCCUGCGCCGCCUUCGCCUGCUCCUCCUGUGCCGCCUAGCCCGGAGCCGCCGAGCCCAGAGCCUCCCAGCCCGGCGCCGCCUGUGCCGCCGAGCCCGGAGCCGCCCAGCCCGGAGCCGCCUAGUCCUGCGCCGCCUUCGCCUGCUCCUACUGUGCCGCCUAGCCCGGAGCCGCCGAGCCCACAGCCUCCCAGCCCGGCGCCGCCUGUACCUCCGAGCCCGGAGCCGCCCAGCCCGGAGCCGCCUAGUCCUGCGCCGCCUUCGCCUGCUCCUCCUGUGCCGCCUAGCCCGGAGCCGCCGAGCCCACAGCCUCCCAGCCCGGCGCCGCCUGUGCCGCCGAGCCCGGAGCCGCCCAGCCCGGACCCACCGUCGCCAUCGCCUCCGGCGCCUCCCAGCCCGGCACCGCCGUCCCCUGAUCCUCCCAGACCGGCGCCGCCAGUGCCGCCUAGCCCGGAGCCUCCCAGCCCGCCCGGCUCCACCCAGCCCGGACCCACCAUCUCCACCUCCUCCGAGUCCCCCGCCGUCACCUUUACCGCCUUCUCCCAAUCCUCCCAGCCCACUACCUCCAAGCCCGGACCCCCCCUCACCAGUCCCUCCGAGUCCCGCUCCACCAUCCCCUGCACCUCCAUCUCCGGCGCCGCCUUCGCCCAACCCGCCCAGUCCACUUCCCCCUUCGCCAUCUCCGCCUUCACCACUGCCUCCCAGCCCGGCACCGCCAAGCCCAGAGCCGCCGUCACCAGCACCACCAUUCCCGCCUCCACCACCGAGUCCCGAGCCACCUUCUCCAGCUCCUCCCAGCCCAAUGCCGCCCAGCCCUGCACCACCGUCGCCGGAGCCGCCUUCACCCGCGCCGCCCUCCCCUGCGCCACCGUCACCCGCACCGCCUUCUCCGUUGCCGCCCUCACCCGAGCCCCCAUCCCCCGCGCCCCCAAGCCCAGUGCCACCCUCACCCGCGCCACCCGCGCCGCCAAGCCCGGAGCCUCCUUCUCCUGUCCCCCCUUCCCCGGCUCCACCCUCGCCCUCCCCACCAUCGCCUACGCCUCCCAGCCCUUCCCCGCCGUCACCGGCGCCACCCUCGCCCACGCCGCCGUCGCCUGCGCCGCCUAUCCCGCGCCUCCUUUCCCUCCUUCCCCUGAGCCACCAUCGCCGAGCCCACCCACUCUGCCGCCGCCGCCAUCGCCUGCGCCUCCUGCACCCGCUCCUCCCUCACCUGCGCCGCCUUCGCCACCCUCACCGGAGCCGCCGAGCCCUACACCGCCCUCACCCGCACCGUCUCCUCCUUCUCCUCCGUCCCCAUCGCCGCUGCCGCCAUCGCCUGCGCCAUCGCCAUCCGUCCCUCCGCCCAUGCCGCAGCCCCCAGUGCCCAUGCCGCCGCCUAUGCCUCCUGCACCGCCCAGUACCGUGUCCGUGACGGGAACAGCCAGCUACAUAGGUCCAGUCAGCACUUGCACGGGUUACUCGGGGCCCAAUGCAACCGCGUCGGGGCCGGUGACCACGGACACAGCCGGCGACGUGACCGGUGCGGGCGUGCCUACCGGAACAAUCCUGACGGUGGUGAUCUCUGCCAGCAGCACCUGCACCGACUCCUUCACCACGGCCACAGCCUUGCCGUACAGCCUCUCAUCCACAUGGAGCCUGGCGGCCGCCGCCGGCAGCACCUCGCCGCUGCCGCUCACCAUCACGCCUGCCACGUCACUGCUGCGAUUCCUGCCGGCCGGAAGCGCCGCCGCUGCGGCGGCGCCCGCCGCUGCCGUACAGACGGCAUACGGCAUCCUGGGCGUUGCUGACGCAGCGACUGUGGGGCUGACGGGGCCGCUGGACGCGCUGCGCCUGGCGUCGCCAGCAAGCAGGCUCAUCGGCGUGCGCAUGCUGUUCGCCGACGCCGCGCUCUCCUCCGCCGUCGUCUCUGCCGCCGCCGCGCUGGCCGCCUUCCCAUCCGGCGCCCUGCCCGGCUGCACCACCGCCGACGCACGCGCCGAUGCAGUCCAAAAAGCAUUGGCCACCCUUGCGACGCGCGCCUCCAGCUCCUCGCCUUCGAUUGACCUAACCAGCGGCUCUCUCGUCAGCGACGCUGCAUCCGCUGCGGCCAUUAACGUCUGCGGCGCCGCCGCUGCGACUCUGUCGCAAACCGACGUUUCCCGUGUCCUGUCGAGCGCCGCCGCCGCUUACGCCGCAACUGCGGCGGCGGACUUUGCGGCGCUGACAGCAGCGGCACCAAAUGCCGUUGUGACGCGGGCGAUGGAGCUGACUGCUCUGCCUCUGGAGGCUGUCGCGGCAGCGGCGCGCGUGGCGGCGGCGACCGCGGCGCGGCUGCCAGCGGCCCUGGCCAGCCUGGCCUCCGACGCCAAUGCUGUGUCGUCGCUCAUCGCGGACUGGACCAACCAGCUAGGCGCGGCGGGUGUGGCCACAGACGCCAUGGCUGCUCGACUGGGGCUGCCGGCGCUGGCGGGGCCGGCAGCCGCACGGCUCAGCGUCCGCUCCAGUGGCGUGCUGACGCAGUGCCAGGUGUCGCUGCGCAACGUGUACCUGGGCGGCGCACCACUGCAGGCCACCACCGACAUCACAGGCGUCGCGUCCCUGUCCGGCGUCUCCAGCGCCCUGGUGACAGUGCCGCCCGGCUGCCGCGACGCCGCCCUGUCCGUCAAUGGCCGCACCGUGACCACCAAGGUGGCGCUGCAGGUGCUGCUGCCUGCCGGCGUUGACACGGCGGUUAUCAGCGCCGCCGCCGCACUGGCCACCGCCACGUUCUUCAUGUCCAACUCGGCAGCCGGCAGUAGCAGUGGCAGCAGCAGCACGGGGCCACGCCACAUCGGCGCUGCGGACUACCAAGCUGUGUAUUCAUACUUUGGCAUUGGCGUGGCGGGGGCCACGGACGCGCUGCCUGCCAGCACCGACUUCAUUCGCCAGGGCUGGGCCGCCGGCACCGCGCUGGACGCACGUGCCUACCUGCUGAACGCGCGCCUCAUGACUGCGCUCGGGCCCACCAGCGAGUUCGUGUCGGCCCUUCUCAAGGGCACGCGCACGCCCGAGCAGGUGGCGAACGGCUUCAUGGGGCAGAUGGCCCGAGACCUGAUGGCUGGCACACUCAAGCUGCAAGAGAAGACCUACGUGCGCGGCCUCAUGCGCGCCUACUACUCCGCUGUAGUCGCCCGCACCGCCAGGCACCGGACCGCGGCCCGCCGCCACCUGCUGCACCACCAGCAACAACAGCAGCGCCAGCUGCAGGUGCAGGUGCAAGGCAGCAGCGACAGCACCAGCAGCGGCAGCAGGAGCGGCGGGCGCGCUCUGCUGCAGCUGAGCAAUGUAACCAUCGACUUUUUACCCGACAGCGAGCUGGACCCGCUGCUGUCGGCUGUGGCAGACGCGGUGUUGCAGAGCUCCGCCAUCCUGACGCAGCUGGACUCGCAGGUGACGGCCGCGGCGGCAUCGGGCCAGUCAGUGGAGCCCGUGGCGACGGCUGCGGUGCGCAGUGCGGCUCAGGUGGCGUCGGUGCAGCAGGGCUCGCUGGCGACAACACUAGGGCAGCUGGCAGUCGCGGCUACGUCGGGCGACGCCACGGCUGUGUCGCGGCUGACGACCACCCUAUCCACCAACUUCACCGGGGACGCGCUGCAGCAGCAGGUGAACACCGCUGCAGUCGACACGUCCGCCAUCACCACCGGAACCGGCAUCACACAGUCCUCGGGCACAUCCGCCUCCGGCACACCCGUGGACACCAGCACCGUGGCCAUGGCCGCAGGCGUCGCAGUCGGCGGCGCGGUGCUGUGCUUCCUGGUGGCAGUGGCCGCAAUCGUGGUCGUGAAGCGCCGCCGCGCGCGGAGCGCUUUUGCGUUCCGGGAUGACCGUAUCCGGUCCAUGCAUCAGGCGGCUGACGAGGGCCCGGACGCGAUUGUUGCAAUCGAUUACGGCGCUCAGGAGGAAGGCAUGGGCGUGGGAGUGGUAGACACGAUGGGCGGUGUGGGCGCGGGCGUUGGCGCGGCUCCGAUGCCCCAAUGGCAGGACGUGCCGCCCGCCUUCGUGGCGCCGCCUCAGGUGCCGGUGGUGCCGGUGGUCCCUGUGGCUCCCGCCCUGGCACGCAAGUCGCGCGGCAGCGCCGCAGGCGCGGGCGCGUCGCCAGGCCUUGCGCGGAAGUCCCGCGGCGGUGCCGCAGGCGCAGCGGCCGCCGCAGGCGGCGACGGCGAGGCCGGUGGCGGCGCCAAGGAGCUGCGCUGGCGGCCCGGGCUGACGGAGCAGAUGCAGUGGCACGAGGGGGCGGCGGAGCGGCUGGAGGCGGGCGAUGUGGUGGGCGCGCCGCCGACGGACGAUGAGGCGGGCGGCUCGGGGCAGCUGCGGAAGCUGGCGGCGCGCGGGCCGCGCAUGUCGCGCUUCUCAGAGGCCGGCGGCCCCAGCAGCCCCGGCGGCCUCGGCGCCGGCCAGGCGCCCGCUGCGCCCGGCGGCGCGGUUCUGGCAGCGAUGUCUAGCGUUCCGACCUCGGGCAUGCCGCCGCCGCCGCGGCAGCGUCGCCGCAGCGACACCGGCCCCACUGCCGCCGGCCCCGCCGCCGGCAUCAGCCCCACGACCAUGGCCGCAGUGGCGGCGGCGCGCGGCUCCGCGCCCCACAGCGGCCCCGUCAAGCGCUUGGCGAAGGCCGCGACUGGCUCCAAGGCGGGCUAUGCGCCGUCCUCGGUCCCGCACUCGCCCAACCUGGGCACCUACUCGCCCGCGGUGCGUGCCGGCCGCGUCUCGCAGCCUGGCGGCGGCGCCGUCGGGCGCAUGUCACAGUCCGGCUCGCCACACAUCCUGCCCCGGCGCACCUCGGUCGCCGGCGGCGGGUCCGGCGCGGGCUCCCCCGCCUACCAUAGCGCCACCGUCGUGCCGUAUGACACGCCCAUCCAGAUCCAGCCGGGUGCCGACCCGGAUGCGGUCCAGGCAUUUGAGCACCCAGCAGCCGAGGAGGAUGUGGAGGCGGCGCGGCCGCAGCAGCCUGCGCGCCGUGUGUGGGGCCGCAUGUGAGCGGCUGUGCGAAAUAAGGACUUGGAGCAUGGUCCCCCGCGCGAGCGCUGAAUGAGCUUGCUCAUAGGAGCGCUACACUUGCUGCAUUGGACAUAGUAUAUGGGCUUAACAGAGCUAUUUUACUUGUGUGUUUGUGUGCGUGUGAGUGCGCAAAGCGUGUCAUGCACCAUCAACAGCGCUUGCAUCGGCAGGGUAUUGCCAGGUGUGCAUGUAUCAAGGCACCCCGUCAUGCCCCUUCUGCCUAGCAUUGCAAUUGCACGCGGUUUUCGCUGCUGGGGCAUGGGCAUGCUGUUCGCACAGUUACAGCUGGCUUAUUGGUUCAUUGAGUAUAUAUACUGUUCAGUGUGUGUUUCGAUGCAUGAGUGACGUAAGAAAAGCAUUCUGGUUUGUGCCCACGGGCGCGUGUAUCUAAGCGACACCGCUGGCUUACGAAAUUCAGGUGGAAACCUGAGAAUAAUUUGAUAUGAUGCUCCAUGGGCGAUGCUGGAGCCGCACCCGCUUAGACGCGCGUGCAAAUCCCUCAGUUCAUGAGAAGUAUCGUGAGACAAACAUGCAUGGGCCCGUACUAUGGCGACAGCCUCUGCGCCGUUAACUUAAUAAAGCACGAGGGGCGACAGUUGAGACACGCUGCCGUCCCGCCAUGCCUGCUGUUAUUGGCUGGAGCGCGCGAGUUCCAUGCGUUUGACCUCUCCAUGGUAUGCGUGCGGUGUUGCGCGUGCAAGAUUCUUGUGAGGCGCAGCAUUGUGUCAUCUUCCUCCCUCAUGCCUUAUGCCUUAUGCCGUACAAUUGUUGGAGCCCUGAGGAAGGGUGCUGCAUGUUGGACUCGCGGAACACAAGACUACCGUGAGUGAACUGUACAAAGGACCGGUGGUUGGGCUGUGGAAACUUUGGCGGUGGUUGAGAUGCCGAGAGCGUAGCCAAGCCGGGAGGUAAGGUGCAGGGCGAGAAAGAUUUGGAAUUCAGAAUAGGCGCCCAGCCCAGCAAGGAGCACGUACUCGGGUACUCGGGUGUGCGUUUGUGUGGGAACUCGGCAGGUGCCUGCAAUACUCGCGGUCGACCAGACAGUGGCUGUCCACUGGCAUGGGUGGGCUGUAACCACCUUCUACA